UAAUGGCUAUGAAUGGUCAAACUCAUGGCUACUUUGAAUUCUCCUUCGUCUUUAGCAAUUUCAUCAUCCUUAUAAUCUUCUCCCGUAUUCUCCUCAACCUCCAAUUUCAAUUCUCACUUCUGGGUUUUAUUUUCCAAUCAACUAAUCAAAGCUUUUCUAAUUCUUUAUAAAAGAUGAGUGAUCAAAGAUUAGUUGAUUCAAGUGUCUCGAAGAUCAGUGGGAGAGUCUUGAUGGCCACCAUCAUUGCCUUGUUCAUCGUCCUCAUCCUUGUUUUCUUGCUUCAUAUCUACGCCAAGUGGUUAUGGCACCGCCGUCAACAAGGUAUAGACGCCCACAACAACCACCAGCACUCUGGCGUCACUUCCCUCCGGCGUGGCCUCGACGCCUCCUUCCUCAAAACUAUACCAGUCAUACAAUUCGAGGCAAAAGACUUCAAAGACAGUUUAGAAUGUUCAGUUUGUCUAUCUGAAGUCGAGGAAGGAGAAAAAGCUCGAAUCUUGCCUAAAUGCAAUCAUGCGUUUCAUGCGGAAUGCAUUGAUAUGUGGUUUCAUUCACAUAUAACUUGCCCCAUCUGCAGAAACCCUGUUCAAGAAAAAACCCAAGUUUCGGUGGAGAGUUUACCGGAGAAUCAUCAAACACAAGAACAAUCGACAAACGGUGGGGAUUCACAUGGUGAUGAAACCGAAGUAAGCACUUUGACUUCUCAACUGGAAGAAGCCAAUAAUCAGCAUCAAGUUCCUAUUUUACCUUUCGAGCCACAUUCAUCUUCAUCAUCAUCGUCAUCAUUGUCAUCACAGACAAAUAAUGAUAGAGGAAAACCAGAUUUAGUAAUUGAUAUACCAAGGCAGGUUGUUAGUGACGAUGAUGUUGAGAAAACUCCAGUGUUUUCUGGAAUGAGGUCAUUAAGGAGAAUUUUGAGCAGCAGUAGAAGGUUUAAUCCUUUUAGCCCUGGUGAUAACAAUGCUGAAGGAGGUCAAAGUUAAUCGGUUGUUCAUUUAAUGUUAAUGGAUACAUUGUCCCAUUUAAUCUGUUUAUUUCUUGAUUUAAUUUGUCAAUUAUGUAGAAAAAACAACUGGAAAUAAAUGUUUGCUUAUAAACAUGUUUACAGAAUGCUCUCUUUGGCAUGUAUGUGAAUUUGCUUCCUAUAAAACAAAUUAAAUGAAGAUGAGAUUUUUACAA